CCCCAUAAUAAAGUCAUUAAAUCAUUCAAUCAUAUCUACCAACUUCUCUACGAACUCCAGUCCAUCGCACAUCAAAUCAAUCUCAUACACAGUGUUACUUUCCUCUCGAGUUCCAACAUGUCUCUCAAAAACGUCGCACUUAUCGGGGCCAGCGGAAACCUUGGACCCGCCAUCCUUUCCAAUCUGGCAGAUGCCUCCUUCAACGUCACCAUCAUUUCUCGCGAAGGAUCAGCUUCUACAUUCCCGUCCAACUUCAAGGUCGUUCGGGCUGAUUUCAGCUCUCAUGAUUCGCUGGUCGCCGCGUUCAAGGGUCAAGACGUUGUGAUCGCUGCGGUUGCCUCCCAUGCACUUGAUCAGCAGCCUAAGAUCGUCGACGCUGCCAUCGCCGCUGGCGUGAAGCGCUUCGUUCCCUCUGAGUUCGGCAGCAACACCAUCGACCCCAAACUCAACGAGCUUGUCCCAAUCUUUGGCCCCAAACUGGCUGCUGUCGACUAUUUGAAGAGCAAAGAGGAUGCCAUCUCCUGGACUGCUUUCAUCACCGGCCCAUUCUUUGAUUGGGGUCUCAAGGUUGGGUUCUUCGGAAUCGACGGAAAGACAAAGACUGCGAAGGUGGUUGAUGGCGGUAAAGGAAGGUGGAGCGGCACCACUUUGAAUACCAUCGGUCUCACAGUCGUAAAGAGUCUGCAGAACCCGGAGCUCACGAAGAACCAAUAUGUCGCCGUUGCUUCUUUUGUAACGACCGCGUCGGAUAUCAUUACCACAGCCGAGAAGUUCUCGGGCGAAAAAUGGAGCAUUACGGAUGAUACAUCUACGGACGAGCUUGUGAAAAGCGGUAAGGAGAAACUGGGUAAGGGGGAUCACAGCGGGGUGGUAGACCUGCUCCGAGCCGGUGCUUUUGGUGGGCAUCAUUUGGGAGAUAGUUCUACUUUGGGAUUGUGGAAUGAGAAGUUGGGAUUGCCGAAGGAGGAUUUUGAACAGACCGUCAAAGCUUCUUUGGGCCUGUAGUCACGGUUAUUGAUAUAUGCUUGUAAGAACGAUAGCGUGGAGUCACAGCAGGAGGAAGUAUGGUCAAUUGUAUACAUGCUAUUUAUAGGCCACAACCGUCCUUUUCUAUCUCUAGGUACCUAAAUAUUGUGGCCAUUAUCUCCCUGGCGUUACUGAAGUUCCAUCCCGACCUUUUUUGUAUCCAUGAAAUGUUGUGAGGUUCAAUAAGAUUCGAACCGUGACAUGAGAACGCCAUCCAAACAGCGAUAAGGCAUUUACUUGCCAGUUGAGUAAAGGUGAUCAAGUUUGCUGGUAUUGGUAUUGCAAGCCCAGAGCCCGUUUCCACAUUCGAUCGGAUGGUUGCGAUUGGAAACUCGCGCGUGGCUCCUUCUUGUGGUUGAAUUUGUGCAGCAAAGUAGCCGCCAUCGAU